UUUUAUUUCUAUGAGCCAAUUAGGCCCAAACAUAGACAGUGGCCUUAUCCAAGAGAAAUUGAUACAUCCGGAAGAUACAGAUACGUCUCUGACAUAAUUGGACACGUCUUAAGAUGUGAAUUCGACAAGUUUCCAAAAGACCAUCCCAUAAUGCAAGAUGAUGCUUUGCAUGUUAAAAGUACCGAAAUUGGACGUAUCCAAGAAUGUAGGGGGAGUAACAUGACACAAUGUAUACGUUUAUCAAUGAAAGCAUGUAAUGCAAAGAAGAUCAUAGUAACAAAAACUGUAAGAUCAACAAUGGAAUCCAUUCGCCACCUUUUGAGCACAUACAGUAACUGUCCAUCAAAGGUCAAUGUCGUUCAUUUAGUACGAGACCCAAGAGCGAUGCUCAAGUCGAGACAAUUUGGUCGCAAAACGAGUCAACUCAUUACAGAAGCAGAUGCCUUAUGUAAAAGAAUGUACAAAGAUGUUCUCAUCCAAAUACAAAUUAAAAAAUAUUUCCCAGACUCUAUUCACCGACUGAGGUAUGAAGACCUAGCCGAACACCCUCAAAAAAUAAUUAAAAAUAUUUAUAGACAUUUACAGAUGGACUAUACAAAAAACAUUGAUAGCUUCAUUGCUCACAGUACCACGAAUAAAUAUACAAAAGAAAGACAGUUUGGUACACAAAGACGUGAUUCGAAUGCAACAGCUUAUGCCUGGAAAAAGACAAUAGAGUAUGACUUAGUGAAAUCAGUCGAUACGGCUUGUCAUUCAUUGUAUAAAGAAUUAGGGUAUCUACCCAUCCAAAGUGAAAAGGACCUGAGAGAUUUAUCAUUAGUCCAUAGAGAGAAGAAAUCUUCUAACUUCAAUUAAUUUUUAAUUAAUUUGGAAUAUACAUAAAUUAGGGGAAUUUUCUUGUCAAUAGCAGAUUCAACACAUGAAGUUAAGUAUUGUAUGAAGGGACAUUCACACAUGUGUGUGUCUGAUUUCAGCCAAUCUGAACACAGUAUUUCACAUGACAGCAGUGCAUGAAAUAAUCAAUAACACACUCAAGGUUACUA